AUGCCUCCAGCCACGAUGCGUGCGGUCGUUCUCAAGGGUGACUACGAGGUCGCGGUUGAGGAUAGACCUACACCCAAGAUCCAGGCGCCGACCGACGCCAUCCUCAAAGUGUCUUCGACCGCUCUUUGCGGUUCCGAUCUGCAUUUCUAUCGAGGUCAUCUAAAAUGUCCACCGAACUUUAUCUGUGGGCAUGAAUUUGUGGGCACCAUUGUCGAAAAGGGUGAGGCGGUCGACAACUUCAAGGUUGGCGACAAGGUCGUCGUGCCCUUUUACACGGCCUGCCAGGAAUGCUACUACUGUGUCCGCGGGCAAGCCAGUCGCUGCACCAAAGGGGUACUCUUUGGCAAUUCGGUGCCCGCCAAUACAGUGGAUGGCGGGCAGGCCGAGUACGUCCGGGUCCCGUUGGCGGCGACGACCUGUGUCAAAGCACCCACAGGGAUCCCCGAAGAAAUGCUCGUUUUAAUGGCCGACAUCUUUCCCACGGGCUAUUUCGCCGCAGCACGCUUCUUGAAGGAUCUCCCGCAGCGAGACCGCGAUGAAUUCACCACGGUCGUUAUCGGCUGCGGGCCCGUCGGCAUCUGCGCCAUUACCUGCGCGCUGACGAUGGUGAAGAAGGUGUACGCCAUCGACUCCGUGCCCGAGCGUCUGGCCGAGGCGGAGAAAAUCGGCGCCAUCCCCAUCAAUCUCAACGACAACCCGACGGAGAAGAUCAAAGCGGCCAGCGACGGACGCGGCGCCGACGUCGUGUUGGAGGUGGUCGGACAUACGGACGCCUUUAUGCUCGCGUUCGACAUGAUUCGGCCUUGGGGCCAAAUCAGCUCGAUCGGCGUGCAUACGGAGAUGAUCCCGUUGAACGGCCUGCUCUGCUAUGGAAAGAACGUCACCAUGGCCUUUGGCCGCUGUCCCGUCCGCAGUAUCUUUGAAGAUGCCCUGGCCAUCCUCGUCAAGGAACAGAAGAAGGUGGCCUUCCUGUGCGGCAAGACCAUGUCCUUGGAAGAUGCGCCCCAGGCCUACAAGGACUUCGAGGCCCGGAAGGUCCUCAAGGUCGUCUUCAAAAUGCCGGGAGAGGCCACGGGAGAGAGCGUGGCGGAUAAAGUGUAG